AUGAGAUCUUUGUCCUCCUUCACGGCAUUCCUCGCUGCGAUCGCCCCAAUUGCCCGAGCGGUCACCCUCGAAGAUGUCUGCACGGCCUCCUAUGUGGCAUCGCACCUACCGGCCACCGGCUACUAUGGGGACUAUGCGAUCAGUGUGAACGCAGAAUCCAUUACGGCAAACCCUGUCACCAAUUACACUGUUGGCCCUCUUGACUCACCGAUGUUUCCAGCCGCUAAUUUCGACUACUGUAAUGUGACUUUCACCUACAGCCACGAUGGCCGCGGCGACACCGUUCUGUUGACUUUCUGGCUACCCGCCCCUGAUGCCUUCCAGAAUCGAUAUCUGUUCACUGGUGGAGGGGGAUACGCGAUCAACUCGCGGCUGCAGUCACUGCCUGGCGGCGUGAUGUACGGGGCCGUGGCUAGUCAAACGGAUGGUGGUUUUGGCGAGUAUCAGACAAAUGCAAUCUCUACCUUUCUAGUUCAGAACGGCACAAUAGAUUGGCAGAAUGUGUACAUGUUUGGAUACCAGGCAAUCCGGGAGCAAAGCCUGCUCGGAAGAGAAUUCUCAAGGCUCUUCUUCAACCUGACUGAGACUGACAAGCUGUACAAAUACUACCAAGGCUGUUCCGAGGGUGGUCGUGAAGGCUGGAGCCAGGCACAGCGCUUUGACGACGCCUACGAUGGGGCUGUCAUAGGCGCUCCUGCUUUUCGAUUUGCCUUCCAACAGGUUCAACACCUUUACGCCAACGUGGUCGAGCAGACACUGGGCUAUUAUCCUCCCCCAUGUGAGCUCGAGAAGAUCAUGAAUGAGACCAUCAAAGCCUGCGAUUCUCUCGAUGGGAAGACAGAUGGCGUGGUCUCGCGCACCGAUUUGUGCUCUAUGAAUCUCGACCUCAAUGCAACGCUGGGUCUUGCGUACUCCUGUCCUGCAGCACCAGCGACACCGUUUAGCUCUGCCACGCCUGCACAGGACGGAACCGUCUCGGCCCAGGGAAUUGCUGUGGCGCAGAAGAUCCUCGAGGGUCUGCAUGACGACGAUGGCAAACGGGUAUACUUCAGUUACACACCCUCUUCUACCUUUACCGACGCCCAGACGGCAUACAACAACGAGACGGGCGAGUGGGAAGAGUCCGUGACGUCCCUUGGCGGAUCGUUCGUGCAAGUUCUGCUGAACCUCGAGGAGGGCGCAAACUUGGCAAACCUCGACAAUGUCACAUACAGCACGCUCCGAGACUGGAUCUGGAAGGGAUGGAAUCGUUACAACGACGUUCUGAUGACCAAUUGGCCCGACAUUUCCCCGCUCAAGAACGCAGGCGCCAAGAUUCUGCAUUACCACGGCGAGUCUGACUUUUCAAUCCCAACUGCCUCUUCGGUGCGGUACUACGAAUCCGUUCGCUCGAUUUUGAAUCCGGGUGCGACAUACAAUGAGAGUAUCGAAGCGAUGAACGACUUCUAUAAGCUGUUUCUCGUGCCAGGUGCAGCACAUUGUACCUACAAUCCUUAUGAGCCAAAUGGACCUUGGCCACAGACCAACUUGGCGGUGCUCAUCGACUGGGUAGAGCACGGCAAAGAGCCUGUCACUCUGAAUGCGACGGUUUUGCAGGGCGAGAAUUUGGGACAGAGCCAGCAAAUAUGCGCGUGGCCUCUCAGGCCGCUCUGGGCGAACAAUGGCACUUCUAUGGAAUGUGUAUAUGACCAGAGCAGCAUUGAUAGCUGGCAGUAUGACCUGGAUGCAUUUUCAAUGCCUGUGUACUAA